CAUUGAUCGGUUGAUUUUAACAACAUGGCGAUUCUUGUAAUCAGUUGUUGUGCAUCGUCCAUUAGUUGAUUUUAAUGCGUGAAUUACAUCUAAAUUGAGUUAAAGUAUACUGUGUUAUUGCUAAUUGUGCCGAAACUGUCAUCAUCGUGCAAAAGGUAGCAGCUAAAGAGUGGUAAAUUCUGCGAACUGAGAUGAUUUGAGCGUUCCGCUUUAGGUGGCCAAGUCGUAAAGUUGUAGGAUCAUUGAACCCUGCAAUUUUGGAUGUUUUUAUAAUGCCGCGUCGCGUCGGGACUGAUGUGGUGCAACUGCCUAUGCCCCCGAAGAAGAAAUGUAAGACUUUGGAGGAGCCCCCGAGCCUCGAUGUGAGUUUCUUCGACGAUGAGGCUCUCCCACCUGGAAUUGUGUUUUCUGAUGUACAACAGAAGAAAUGGCGUAUUGGAAAACCUAUUGGCAGAGGUAGCUUUGGCAGGAUAUACCUAGCUUCAGACAAUGUAGAUGCUGAAGUAACAAAACAUAAUGCGAGAUAUGUGGUCAAAAUUGAACCACACACAAACGGGCCCUUGUUCGUUGAGAUACACUGUCUGAUCAGGUCUGCUCAGGCAGCCAGAGUCAAAUCAUGGAGACAGCAGAAGAAACAGAAACGCCUUGGGAUGCCAGUAUACAUUGCCAGCGGCUCUUUCACUGAUGAAAACACCGGUGUGAAAUACAGAUUCCUGGUCCUCCCUCGAUAUGACAUUGAUCUCCAGAAAGUUAUUGCCCGAACAAAGGUUUUGGACUUGAAAAAUGUGCUUGUAUUGGCAAUUCAAAUUCUAGAUGUGUUGGAGUACCUUCACAAUCAGGGAUACACUCAUUCAGAUAUCAAAAGUUCCAAUCUCAUGCUUGGAUUUGAUGGCAUGAAACAAGGGAAAGUACCACUUAUAAAGCACUCCCCCUCAUUCCAAAAGGAAACAAAAGAAAUUGCAGUACUUUCUGGCAAGCAUAGAAGAGCCAAAAGUGGUAAAAGUAGGUCAUCUAACUAUUAUGACGAUGAGGACUUCAUCGUCAAAGACUAUAAAAACCCAUUAGAUGAUGGCACUGAAAAUGAUAAGAGAUUGGCCAAUGUAAAGAAGAAGCUAAGAAAAAUAUUAUCAGACAAAGAUAGCAGGACGUUGCACAGACACCAUGCAUUUAAUUUAAGACAACUGUCUAACUACGUCAACUAUGAAGAUAUAAAUAGUUCAGUUUGUUCUGAUCAAUCUUAUCAAAAACUACUUGAUGAUUUUGGUAACAAUCUAAUGAGAAACACUGAAGAUUUUUAUGAGGAAACAAAAAAUAAAGAUCUGAAAAAUAGCACCAACGAUUUAAAUGAGAUAUUCAAAGAAGCAGUUCUCUCUCAGUCCAAUGGCCAGAUUUAUUUACUGGACUAUGGCCUGGCAUCCAAGUUUUUGGACUCAAAUGGGAAACAUAAAGAAUUUGGGAUGGAUGCUAGGAAAGCCCAUGAUGGGACAUUGGAGUACAGUUCCAGAGAUUCUCAUAUUGGCGCACAUUCGCGAAGAUCGGAUCUAGAAACUCUGGGGUACAAUCUUUUAGAUUGGCUCACAGGCACACUGCCUUGGAAGACAGCAGAAGUGCUUGCGGAACCAGAUUUAGUCCAUGUAUUAAAGAAAAAUUUCAUGGGAGACAUCAAAUUAUUACUCAAGACCUGCUUCAAAACAGAGUUUUACCCUCAAUUCAUGGAGAUGUAUCUGCAGUAUGUUACAAGUUUGGAUUUCACUGAAGAACCAGACUAUGAUUACUGUAGAAGCUUAUUCAAAAGUGAACUGCUGAAAAAUGGAUACGACAAAGAGCUCUUUUUAAACUUUGCCGAGCCACCAAUGUCUCCAAUGAACCGGAACAAACUUUGUUACUCCAAGAGAUUUGGUAAGAAAAAUACACCGCGUGAUUUCCUAGCUAGAAAUGGAAUUAAAAAAGCAUACGAACGUGAGAAUGUUUACUCCUUGGAAAAUGAUCUAAAAUUGGAACUGUUGAAACAAACACUAAACUCUUCCAGCGAUGGUGUUAGGAAACCAUGCGCAUCAAGAAACUUCUUCAUUUCUGAUGCAGAUCUCGUCGCGCGUCUAAAGAAAUCUCUCAUGCCUCACGACAUAUUUGGCAAGAAACUAUCGCCAAAAAACCUGCGGUCUAAAAAGAAAGUAGUACAAAAACGAAGAGGCGUAAAGAGACACAGAAGCAGUAUUGGCAAGUUUGGCAACUUCAUGGGGUCUGCAAGACAGUUUACUUGGGCAGAAAUUUUGGCUGGCAACCCAGAGGAUAUUAUAAGGAAAGAAAGAAACACCGCAACCGAUGAUAACAUUGAUGACGAUGAUUCAACCUGCAAGUAUAGGAUUAGGAAAUUGUCCAAUGCAUCUUCAGAAAGCAAUGACAAUCUCCAAUCACCACUGAUGCAGAAAGAUUACUUGCAAAUGUUGAACCCCACUUAUGCAAUGAAAGAAGUGGUAGCUAACUUCGAGAAAAAAGUUUCAGGCAAAUGCUCUAAAGAAAUGGAAGAGAGUCAUGGAGGGAUAGCUGGGUACACACCAGCAAUGGUGAAAGUUUACAGAAUGAAAGAGAAGAGAGAAGCAAAAGAGAGGUUGGAUGCUUUGAAACAGCAAAGUUCAGCGAAGAAGGAAAUAGCUCUUGUCCAGCCUAGAUGUACUAGAUCUACUAGAAAUAGAACAGUAAUCCAACCUGAACCAGUAAAAAGGAGUAUGAGGAAAAAAGCAUCAAGUGACAGUAAUAUAGGAGGAUCUGAAGAGACUGAAGUUAAGGGUAAGGAACAAUCUAAAGAGUUGAAAAAGUCGAAGUGUAGUCCAGAAAAAUCUGAAGAAACUAAAGAACCACCUAAGGAAUCUAAAAGGUCUAAAAGUAGGGCAAGGCAAUGCUUACAAACUGAAAAGACUGGAGAGCAGACGAAGGAUUCUAAACAGUCUAAAAGUAAGACAAGGCAAUCCGUAGAAUCUGAAAAGGGCAGAGAACAGCCUGAGGACACAAAACGGACUAGAACUAGGACAAGGCAGUCGGAAGACACUGAUGCCAAGACAAAAAGGUCUAAAAGUAGGACUAGGCCAUUAGAAGACACCGAAAUCAAGACUAAAUCGCAACCUAAGGAGCAGAAACAGACAAGAAAUACUACAACAGCAAGUAAGAAAACAGUAGAAAUUGUUGAAGAAACUCCUGCUAAGCCUUUACCUAAAUCAAAAACAAAAUCUCGGAGCCCGUCGUACACCGUGCCCAACAACAGAAGACGGCUCCGCAGCAGCCGCCGCAAGCAAAACUGAUAUCAACUUAAUGACAUUUAUCUCUUCAUGUGACCCUGGUUUUUAGACUUUGUAAGUUGAAGAUGACUGCAGAUGGCAACCGUAACUUUCUUAACUACAGAUUAUGAUUUGCGCCACUUGCUAGUGAGUGGUGUGACUAGUGCCCACUGAAUCGUGUCGCUCUACUUAGGGUACCAUCAGUGCCCAAGUAAUUUCUUAUAAAUGCUUAAAAACUGCGGGUGCCAUCUGCGGACAUAUCUUCAUUCUCACUAUUAUUCUCUAAGAAUAGAUGUGUUUUUCCCUCGAAAUAUUCUUUUGUUCGGACAAUUAUAUUUUACAGGUUUACUUCUACCAAUAUUUUUAGGAUAAGGUUUUGGUGAAUUAAACUGACCCACCACUUUUGAUUAAACAAAUCGAAUGUUAUGAUUUUAAUUUUAUACAUAAAAAAUGGAUCAGACUGUGAUUUAAAUGCUUGAUUAUAAUAUUGUAUUUAAGAAAAAUUGCUUUGUAUUAGAAUAUGCAUCACACUUUCAUUCAUCUAUUGUUAUUUCGAAUUUGUAGUCUGGCAUUAUCAAGCCGUAUUGACAGAGUUAGGAUUUUUAUAAUUUGCAUUUAGUAAAGUAGUAGGCCGUCGUGCCUAUUUCUGUCAAAUUUAAAUGUUCCAAUGUGUAUGAGUAGAAGAAUAAAAUUUUGUUAAAUUAAA